UAUUCUGAAAUCCAGUAAUAACCAGACUGAGAGUUUCCCAAGACUUCAUUCUUCCCUGAGACCAUGAAGACUGUGCUCGUGUUCUGUAUUUCGUGCCUUGUAUCAGAUUUCUUCAGCGUCUGUUCAUCACACGAAUCUGGACGGCAAGAAAAAUCCCGGCUCCUUUCCCGACUGCUGGGUUUGAUCAGAGAAUAUGAGGACAAAAGGACUAUUGAGGACGCGGGGUCGCAGCAGUCCGUGAGUCAGGGGUCAGGCAACUUCCAACUUCCGGAUGGGUUUACCUGGGAAGAGUGGGAGUUAAUGGAGAAAGACGGACAGGGACACGGGCAGGAUAUAGACAGCUGGGAUGGGAAUCAAGACUCUGCUGUUGGUGUGUUGGUGGACAGCUUUGUGGUGUAUGACAAAAACGGAACAGGACACAGGCCGAAAGGUUACGAGCCAUGGAAUCACGCAGCAGCAAAGGCCGACAACUUUGACCAUCAUAAGCCGCCCCCUCCCACCAAACGAAAUUAUGAGAUUGGAAUUACACUUUGGGACAAUACUAUUCCGUACGAAAUCGCUCCUAACUUAGGUGAUGAAAUGAUUUCUAUCAUCAGAGAAUCAAUGAAACAGCUACAAGAACUAACCUGUUUAAAAUUCAUACCGGCCGGACUAGAUGACGCAGAUCUCAUGUAUUUUGCCAAUGUUGGGGACGGUUGUUAUUCGUAUGUCGGUCGACAAGGCGGAAAACAAGUUAUCAACCUAGAUCCCAACCAAUGCGCAACUGUGUCAACUGCGCUACAUGAAAUCAUGCACGCUUUAGGAAUGUGGCACGAACAACAAAGAGUCGAUAGGGAUAAUUAUAUCAAAAUUUUGAAGGAUAAUAUUGAAAACCCAGAGAACAAUAUGGUCAACUAUGAGAAACACAACACCGCCAACGAACUACCAUAUGACGUCGAGUCGGUUUUGCAAUACGAUUUACGCGCUUUAACGAAGAAUAAUUUACCAACAAUGGAGCUGUUUGACACAAGUAUAGAGUUUCUCAUUAAUUCUGCGCAAACAAUGACGUUUUAUGACGUGGCUGAAAUCACUAAAAACCAACAGUGCACAGAUCAUUGUCCAGCAGUAGGAUGUAAAAAUGGCGGGUUUCAGACAUUUAAGUGCAAUUGUAUGUGUCCAUCAGGCUUGAGCGGUCCAUCGUGUGAAAAUCUCGACUCUUCAAAUGAAUGUGGAGAAAUAAUAACUCUGAAUGCUGGAGAACAAAGGGAAAUCACUUCUCCAUCUUGGCCUAAUAUGUACAAUCUUGACAUGGAGUGUGUUUGGCUUAUAAAAUCAAAGGAACCAAACACUGUCAUAAGAUUCAUAGUUGAAAAUUUGAAACUCUCGCGCUCUAAUACUGAUGAUCGAUGUUACCAUUGGCUGGAGAUAAGAUACAAUUUGAUUGGCCAAACAGGCCCAAGGCUAUGUGGGGAGGUAGGAUAUGAAGAGUAUUUGACACCCUCGUCUGAUUCCAUCAGCAAAGCGAUGUUAAAAUUUAACAGUAGAUUUUCUAAAGACAAGCCGGCGUCCCUUGGAUUCAAAAUUCGCGUAGAAGCAUUGAAAGCUGGACAGGAUUUGUGUACACCAAACCCAUGUCACAAUUCCGGGGUCUGUGUCAAUACUGGACAUGCUUUCUUAUGCAAAUGUCCCAACGAGUAUACCGGGGCGGUUUGCGAUAUCAAAAUAAGACCAUGCGAGAAGGUCCCUUGUCGGAAUAAUGGCGAUUGCACAAAUGUAGGAGAAUCGGCGUACACAUGUCAAUGCAAGCCAGGGUUCCACGGCGCGAACUGUGAUAGUAAAACAACCGAACCAUGUGAGCCUAAUCCUUGCCAGAAUGGAGGAUCUUGCUUUAUCAAAGGAACAGACGCUUUUGAAUGUUUUUGCGAUUUUGAUUUCACCGGACGGAGAUGCGAAAACAAGCUGCAAUCGUUUUGUGAUUCCUCUCCCUGUUUUAAUGGAGGGCAGUGCAUUCCUAGAACGGAGGUCUGCCGCUGUACAGAAAACUGGACCGGAAAGUUGUGUGAUACCCCGAAAGGAGAGCUGGGAUUACUUGAGAAAAACAACUGCACGUUUAAUAAGAAUUCGGAGUGUGUAUUUCAACGAUCUCAAGGACAAGUGCAUGAUCAUCGACCAUGGGACUUUACUGAAAACCCUUACCUAACAACUGAUUCUGAUGGAUUCAUUUUCCUUCAACAAAACAAACUUCAGCUUGAAGAUGGCCAGGAAUAUUGUCUUUCAUUGGACGUCUACUCUGACAGUGACAGCAACACUCUGUAUGCAUUCUUGCCUUCUAACACUGCGGGCGACAUUAUCGACCUCUAUGGCUCUACAGGGGGGAACAUGAUCAGGCGAAUGGGGUCAUUUUUUGGCCUCAAGUCAACUCGUAUUGUUGUAAGUGGCUCUGUUCAACAACCAGAGAUGCAGGUGCUUGCUGUGGACAACAUUGCUUUAAGAAGAGGAUCAUGCCAAUAACUGUAUCUUCAGCUCUUUUAUUUGUUACAUGACUGUUUUCAUACAAUGCUUAAUCAUAACCAUAAUAUGUGUAAACUACGAUAUGUAAAUUUUGUUAAAUAACCGUCCAUUUUUUUCACUGUUAGUUUUUUGCCUAAAAUAUAUUAAAUUUGCUUGUAGACGAAAUCAAAA